AUGUCGUACAGGACAACAGCGUCGGGCGCAACAACGCGCUUGAUGAGUGAGAUGAAGGCGCUACGAAAAGAGAAAUGGAUUCACUUUGAAGAUGACGACUCUGGCACCCUCAACAUCCUCAAGUGGCGCUUUGGCCUCAUGGUCAUCAAUUCCGACAGCGCCUUCAACGGAGGUUACUUCCGGGCCGAGAUGGUGUUUUCGGACGAAUACCCGUAUCAGCCACCCAAGUUCCGCUUCCUGAUCCCCAUCACCCACCCAAAUAUUUACCCAGACGGCCAGCUCUGCAUCUCGAUCCUGCACACACCCGGCGAGGACCUGAUGUCGGGCGAGCAGGCGAGCGAGCGGUGGUCACCGCUCCAGGGCGCCGAGAGCGUGCUGAGGUCGGUGCUGCUGCUGCUCGAUGACCCGGAGAUCAACAGCCCCGCCAACGUGGACGCGGGUGUCCUGUACCGCGACCACAGGGAGGAUUACAACAAGAAGGCCCGGGAAACGGUGGAGAGGUCGAAGAGGGAUAUCCCGCCAGAUUUCGAGAUGCCGGUCAGCUUCGAGGAAAAGCCUCCUCCGAAGGCGGAGAACGACGACGACUUUUGGGCCGAGUCAGAUGAGGAGUUCGACUUUGGUGGUAGUGACACUGGGGAUGACGACGAGAUGCAGGACUUUGAGGAUGAGGAGGAAGGGAGCGAGGACGAUGAUGACGAUUCCAACUCGAAGCAAUAG